CACCAGCACCACCAGCUGCCCAUCCCACACCACCAUCGAGCCGCCAUGCUGAUUGGAGUAUGCGGAGGAAUAUGCGCGGGCAAGUCCGAGAUAGCUUCGUGCCUCAUUGACGAGUACAGCUUCACCCGCCUGCGGCUGGCUGGCCCCGCCGUGGCGCCCCAUAUCGACAAACUGCUUUCCAGAGAGGCUGGCGUGGAUGCGGAACAUACGUUCGACAACGUCGAGUCGCUGCUCGACUUUGUGACGCUGCGGUGGCGAGAGCGGUGGGUGACGACCGACAUAUGGGACGCCGCCGUGGUCGAUGCUCUGCUCAAGAGGCCGUUCUUCCUACUUGUCAGCGUAGAUGCUCCUGUCCAGGUGCGGUGGCAGCGGUACCACAGCCGAUGUAUAGCCAACCAGAUUGCCCCGCCCACGAUCCUCGACUUUGUGCAGCAAAACGACCAGCACCAGUUUGCUCCAAAGACGGGCCUCAGCGGGCUUUCAUAUCGCGCACAACUCAAUCUGCUCAACUCAACCACAUCAGUAGCAUCCUUGCGCGCGGCGAUACGUGCUCUCAACCUUACCGAUGAGGCCCGCCUCCGCCCGAGCUGGGACCAUUAUUUCAUGGAACUGGCCGAUCUAGCCGCCCUGCGGAGUAACUGCAUGAAGAGGAGAGUGGGCUGCUGCAUCGUCCGAGAGAAGCGUGUUAUCAGCACGGGGUAUAACGGCACACCCCGUGGCAUGACAAAUUGCAACGAGGGCGGCUGCCCUCGCUGCAACAGCGCCGCCAAAGGAGGCGCCGCCCUCUCGACCUGUCUCUGUCUGCAUGCCGAAGAAAACGCCCUGCUCGAAGCUGGCCGCGACCGCAUCGGGGGCAACGCAAUUCUCUACUGCAACACGUGUCCUUGCCUGACGUGCAGCGUCAAGAUCACGCAGGUAGGCAUAACAGAAGUGGUGUACAAUCAGGGCUACCUGGUCGACGACCAAACAGCAAAGAUUUUUGACGAGGGCGGCGUCAAGCUGCGUCAGUUCUCUCCACCCACUGGCGGUUUGGUCGACCUUGGCAUAGAUGUGUAGAUUGAGGGACGGGGCGGCGUCAAGGGGUCAUGGAGAGAGUUCAGUACAGUAAUCAUGGCCUUGGCGAGCCACUGCGCACCCUGUGAUCAGCAAACGGCUGGCAUUGUUCAUCUCCACAAAGCUCACACCUACACCUUGUCGUGCAGAUCGCCAUGCUCACCUACUACACCCAGCGCUUGCCUGACUGGCGUGCUGACGGAGCUGUGUUUGUUUCCUGCUGAAUGUCUUGUGAUGGUGGGUUACCGGGACAGCAUGAGGUUGGCGUGGGCACUAAGUACGUCACCGCCACACGCGCCUCUCACGCGCCACACAGCCUUCGUUGUGCUCAUGGACACACGACAAGCUCUGCAUUCU